AAGUUGUUUCUUUUCAUCUCUCUCUUGAACACCGGCAAAGCGUGUUCAAAUAAGACAUCAGCUGUAAUAAUAAUAUCAAUCGUAUUAUAUCAUUUUUUUGUUGAGUCAAUUUCGAUUUGACCGUCUUUGGGAACUUUAUCGGAGAACAGAAGAAAGAUGUUACGUGCAGCCAAUUCACUACUGCGUACAGGAUCCAGCCCAAAUCAAUGGCAACAAUGCAUGAAAAUAUCAUCAUCAAAAGCCACUUAUUUUGCAGCCGCUCCAAACCCACAAACUAAUCCAGAUAUUUUAUACACCGGACUUUUCAUCAAUAAUGAUUGGUGCAAGAGCAAAUCUGGUGAAAUUUUUCCAACUGUGAAUCCAGCCACUGGUCAAGAAAUUGCUCAAAUCCAAGCAGGAGGCAAAGAGGAUGUUAACAUUGCAGUUGCUGCCGCUCGUGAAGCUUUCAAAUUGGGUUCACCAUGGCGGCGCAUGGAUGCUUCCGAACGAGGAAGUUUAUUGUAUAAAUUGGCUGAUUUGAUGGAACGUGACCGAUCAUAUUUAGCGAGUCUUGAAACAUUUGAUAACGGAAAACCAUUUUCCGCAUCGUACUAUGUAGAUGUUCCAUUUUCUAUUAAGAAUUUGCGCUACUUUGCCGGAUGGGCCGAUAAAAAUCACGGUAAAACCAUUCCUAUGGAUGGAGAUUACUUUGCAUACACUCGCCAUGAGCCAGUUGGUGUCUGCGGACAGAUUAUACCUUGGAACUUCCCACUGUUGAUGAUGGCAUGGAAAUUGGGUCCAGCUCUUGCUACGGGAAAUACAGUCGUAUUGAAACCGGCCGAGCAAACGAGUCUAACUGCCCUUUAUAUGGCACAAUUAACAAAAGAAGCUGGAUUUCCUGAGGGAGUUAUCAAUGUGGUUCCUGGUGAUGGUAAAACUGGUGCAUUGAUUGCCAAUCAUAUGGACGUUGAUAAAGUUGCAUUUACUGGCUCUACCGAAGUGGGCAAACUAAUUCAACAAGCCAGUGGAUCCAGUAACUUGAAACGUGUCACACUUGAAUUGGGAGGGAAAUCACCGAAUAUCAUUCUAUCUGACACUGACAUGGACUACGCCGUUGAACAAGCACAUUUCGGACUAUUCUUCAAUAUGGGCCAAUGUUGUUGCGCAGGUUCACGGAACUACAUUGAAGAUAGCAUUUAUGACGAAUUUGUUGAACGAAGUGCUGAGCGGGCUAAGAAGCGUACAAUUGGUGAUCCUUUUGAUUCGACGGUGGAACAAGGCCCCCAAAUCGAUAACGAACAAAUGAACAAAAUUCUUGAACUGAUUGAAAGCGGUAAACGCGCAGGUGCCAAAUUGGUAGCAGGUGGCGAAAGACACACUGAUCUAGGUGAUGGCUACUACAUUAAGCCAACUGUGUUUGCUGAUGUUCAAGAUAAUAUGCGAAUUGCACGCGAAGAGAUCUUUGGGCCAGUCCAACUAUUGAUUCGAUUCAAAAACAUCGACGAGGUGAUUGAACGUGCCAACAAGAGCGAAUAUGGAUUGGCCGCUGCUGUUUUUACGAAAGACUUGGACAAAGCAAAUCACAUUGUACAAGGUUUACGUGCUGGUACUGUUUGGGUUAACGCCUAUAAUGCAUUUGGCGCUCAAGUCCCGUUCGGUGGCUACAAAAUGUCUGGACAUGGCCGUGAAAAUAGCGAAUAUGCUUUGCAGAACUACACCGAAGUUAAGAGCGUCAUUGUUAAAGUACCACAAAAGAACUCUUAAUUUUGUUCCCCAUUGAAAACAUAUGCUUCCAAUUUUGUUGGCCUUUAAAUACAUUUUAUAAAUCAGCAUUUUUCAAACUCAAAAGUCGAUUUGUAUGAAAUACAAUAAUAUAAUCCCCAA